CACACACACACACACACACACGCACCCGCACAGGAGUGCUGCCGAGAGGCAAGGACUGCAGCAGCAAGUGUGGUUGAGGUACUCGUCACCGCGAGGACAGAGAAACCCGGUGCGUCUUUGCAGCGGGUGGAGUGUUGCAUUCCAAGAGCAGAUAGCUUAUGUUAUCCGGCCUCCUCUGCACUGCCUCUGCAUCCCGUUCCUAUCGCUCCUCCCACUCUAACUCUUCCUCCUCCGCCUCCUCCUGCCGCCUACUGCCUCGCUAGACAGGACUAUAGAUUGACCGGGACUAGCAAGCGGCGGAUGAACAGGUUUGCUCCGGCUGCGGCGAUGCUAAGACCGCAUCUUCUCCUCUUCUCGCCUGGAUUUUAAUCGAGCGGAGAAGAUAACACCCCACUUGCCAGAUAUAUCGGAUGCCCGUGUGCCCGCUGACCAGCGUUGUCAUUGGCUCGUUUUGAUUUUUGCUGGGUGUUUUGGCCUUUCCUGGCUAGCAGGCACUGCAGCAUCAGGACCGCAUGAAAUAGUAGGGCAUGAGGACCCAGAGGCGAUCCGAGCAGGCUUGAGUGCUUCCUUUGCUACCACUGCUGAGGUGCUUAUCUUCAUUUUUUUUCUCCUCCAGAAUAGGGUGUCUGGCGGUGGGGGGUGGCGGGGAGCGCGAGCACAGGUAUCCGGGCCCCUGCAGAGCAGAGCCGGGUGGUCUGGUGUGCAGAAGAAGGAAGCAGGACGUCCUGUGGGAAAGGAGCAGCACCAGCCUUGGCCUCCUGAUGGUGGCUAUUUUUGUCUCCCCUAGCUGAGUGACUGGGACAGCAGGUGCAAGAGAAGAUGCUUAUGGCCCGGGACACGGCACGAGAUGAGGCUCAAAAGCUGCACAGGAAGUGGCUGAAGCACCAGGCCUUCAUGGCAGAACUGGCCCGCAACAAGGAAUGGCUGGCCAAGAUAGAACAGGAGGGUCAGGACCUGAUCCAGGAGAAGCCUGAACUGCGCACAGUAGUGCAGCAGAAGCUGGAGGAGAUCAGAGAAUGCUGGUCGGACUUGGAGACCACCACCAAGGCCAAGGCUCGCCAGCUCUUUGAGAACAACAAGCCGGAGCCAGCAGUGAAGAACUAUUCGGACCUCGACAACCAGCUCUCCCACCUGGAGCAGCAGCCCCCACAACUGGAACAAGCUCACCAUCUGCCCACCUUCAAUGAGCAGCUCCAGAAGUUCCAGGCCAUGGAGUCUCAGUUUAGGGACCUUUACAAGGAUGUGGAGGAACUGGGCAGCUUGCCGGGGGUUUGCCUUCCCCAGCAGCGAGGUGUAAUGGCGGGCGACAAGGAGGGUGGUGAGCAGUCAGGCGUGGUGGAGACCCGCAUUGUGCGCCUGAUUGAACCGCUGAAGGAGAGACGCCGCAUCUUGCUGGCCUCCAAAGAGAUGCACCAAGUCGCCCAGGACCUGGAGGAUGAGAUGCUGUGGAUUCAAGAAAGACUUCCCCUGGCAUCCUGCAAAGAAUACGGAAGUAACCUCCAGAGUGUACAUCAGCAUGUAAAAAAGAACCAGACUCUUCAGAGGGAGUUGGCAGGUCGGCGAGCUCGUGUUGAGGAGGUUCUGGACAGAGCGGGAAUCAUCGCAUCGCUGCGCACUCCUGAGGUGGAGUUUGUGCGCGAAGGAGCUGGCCAUGUGCGGCAGCUGUGGGAGGUGUUUCAGAUGGAACUGGAAAGGCGGUCUGUGAUCCUGGAUGCAGCGCUGCAGGCUCAACAGUACUACAGCGAGGCAGUCAAAGUGGAGUCCUGGCUGGCAGGUCAGAAGCUCCAGCAGGUCAAUGAAGAAAAAGGCACGGAUGAGGCGAGCACCCUGCAGCUGUUGAAAACCCACCUGGCUCUGGAGCAAACUGUGGAAACAUAUGCAGAGACUGUGGGCAUGCUAUCCCAGCAAUGCCAGCACCUGCUGGAGCUCGGACACCCAGAGAGUGAGCAGAUCACCAAGCAGCAGUCCCACAUAGACCGGCUGUAUGUGUCCCUGAAGGACAUGGUGGAGCACAGAAAGACCAAGCUGGAGCAGCAGUAUUGGCUUUAUCAGCUCAACAAGGAGGUGGAGGAAUUGGAGAAAUGGAUCACUGAAUGUGAGGCGGUGGCAAGUUCUACCGAUCUUGGCCAUGACCUGGAGGAUGUUACGAUUCUCCAGGAGAAAUUCACCAAAUUUGCCUCGCAAACAAACAACAUUGGUCAGCGGCGGAUGGAGCAGGUGAACAAAAUGGUGAAUGAAAUGAUCGACUGCGGUCAUUCGGAUGCAGCCACCAUCGCCGAGUGGAAGGACGGACUGAACGAGUCCUGGGCAGACCUCCUGGAGCUGAUGGAGACCCGCAGACAGAUGCUGACAGCCUCCAAACAAUUACACAAGUUCUUCACUGACUGCAAAGAGGUUUUGGCUCAGAUCGCAGGGAAGGUAAAGCAGCUGCCAGAAGUGAGGGCGUGCCAAGCCAACAUCUCCAAUCCAGCCACCCUGCAGAGACUAAUGCACUCUUUUGAGCAUGCCCUUCAACUCUUAGUUACACAGGUACGACAGCUACAGGAGAAUGCCGCGCAGCUGCGUACUAUUUAUGCUGGUGAGAAGGCCGAGGCAAUUAUGCUGAAAGAGCACGAAGUGAUGGAAGCCUGGAAGGAACUGCUGAGCUCCUGUGAGGCCAGUCGUGUCCAGGUCACCUCAGUCACAGACAAAGUGCAGUUCUUCUCAGUGGUGCGUGAAAACCUCAUGUGGAUGGAAGGCAUUAUGGGCCAGAUCAGAUGGGACGAGCCCAGAGAUCUGACUGCUCUGGAGGUCAUGAAUAAGCAACACCACGAGCUGAAAGUCAAAAUAGAUGGCCGCAGCAAGACCAUUCAGCAGUGUGCAGAUCUCGGCAAGAUCCUAAUAGCUGCUGGGAACCCUGCAACAGAGGAGAUUAGAGAUAAAUUGGACAGUCUUUUGGCCAAACAAAAGGAUCUGGUUGAAAAAUGGGACAAACACCAGGAGAAGUUACAACGCAGACAUGAGAGGUUCCAGUUUGCCCAGGAGACCGUGAAGGCAGAAGCCUGGCUGAAAGGCAAGGAGCCUCUGAUCACCUCCAAGCAGCCAGAGGGAGGAGAAGCCCAGGCCCAAACUGAUGAGGUUGAGCAGCUCAUCCUUCGCCAUGAAGCCUUUCGCAAGGCUGCUGUAACCUGGAAAGAACGCUUCAGCUCUCUCCGCCAGCUUUCUGCAGCUGAGAAGAAAAAAGAGGAAGAGAAAAAGACCCCACUCUCCAGUCGAAGGAUGUUCCCAAUAUCAUGUCUGACUCCAUCCAGUCCUUCAUCCACUUCAAUGUUCAUGAGGCAGACGGUACAGGCCCAAAUAGAGUCCACACCCUUACAGACCAGUGUGGAACUGGGUGCCACCAAUGUAACCCAGAGAGUGUCCUCAACGCUUUCCAGCUACAACCCGAUCAUAAAUGGAUCAGGCCAUCACAGCCUGGAGCCACAGUGUAGUGGAAAGUUAGCAAGCUCCUCAUAUUUUGGGAUGAACCACCCGGCUAUUGGGGGUGGAAGUGACUCUGCUUUUUCAGCGUUGCCGUGCCAUGGUGGAGGCUCGGACACAUCAAAUUACCUUGGGAUAAACAAUCAAAUAACUGACAGUGCUGAGAGCUCUGGGUACUUUGGACUGUCUGCUGGCUGUGUGGGUGGUUCUGGCUACUCAAUGCAAAGCCAUCCAGGCAGUAGCAGGUUAGGAAGUUCAGGUAACCUGACUCAGGAGCAAGGUGGUGGAGGGAUGGGAAAUCCUGGGUUUCUUCCUCAGCAGAAUGUGGGAAGUUCUGCCUAUUUGAUGCAACAAAACGUGGGAGGUUCAGCUUACUUGACACAUCCACAAAAUAUGGGAAGUUCGGGGUACUUAACACAACCACAAAACAUAGGGAGUUCUGGGUACUUGGGACAGCAGCCCAAUUUGGGGAGUUCAGGAUAUCUUGCCUCGCAGCCUAAUUUAGGGAGUUCUGGAUUC